AUGGUCACCCCUGGUGAUGUCGACCGACUUUUUCUCCAAGCUGUCCUUUCUCGCGGUAUUAUGUCAAUCGAGCUUGCUCAACUCCUUUGGGGAAAAUGUAUCAAAGCUGUAAAUGACUCCGAUAGUACCCUAAAAAUUCCCCACCGACAAGAUAGGCAAUCCUGGGAGGCUUUUAUUUCGAAAAUUAACGAUUCAUUGGAUAAAUUGGAGCUGGAAUUCCGCACAUUACGUGACGAGACGACUGGUAAAGAGAUGUAUGCAUUGGCAACAUACCUAUUCAAAUCAUCUGUAUUUCAGGUUAAUUUGAAAGGGGACGAGGUCGCGCAGCUCGCUACCGAUUACACGCCUCCAGAGAUCACCUUUUUCAAAGCGAUUGUGGAACAAAUCAUGCUGGCACCAAAUGAAUCAUUUGUGAUAUCCGAUAUGGCUGCCCUCAGAGAGCCUAGUGCGAUUGGGCUGACGACCGUUACCAAAAUACAAGCAGAGAUCAUCCUAGCAAGUUUUGUACAGAAAGGAUGGCUACUAAAAAGCAGGGCCGGUCGCUAUACUCUUUCCACUCGUUCUCUCAUUGAACUACAGCCUUAUCUCAAAUCCCACUACCCUGACGAAAUCCUUGAAUGUACAAUUUGCAUGGAGAUUUUGACUCGCGGAGUUGCAUGCCACACUGCAAACUGUAAAGCCCGAUUACAUUUCCACUGCUUCACAACUUAUCGACGAAGGCAUGGGGGUUGCCCCUCAUGCAGCGCUCCUUGGCCAGCCAACGCAAGGGACCAUCCCUUGGUCCCAGUUGGAGAAGGCGCUUAUAGCGGUUUAAAUAACCAAAGGCGCACUCGGACAACCACUCCGAGUGAAGGAGAUGAAAACGAAGAAUUGGAGGAGUUGGAGGAGCCAACGCAAAACGCUGCGCCUGCUGAAGGAGCUUCCAAACAGCCUGUUGAAAUCAAAAAAGAACGUCGUGGAGCGGAUAUGGAUGUGGGCGGCGAAGAAGACGUACCAACGCAACCAACACAGCGGCGCAGAAGUGGAAGGCAUUGA